GAUCCAUGUGCUACUUGCCCCGGAUCACAUGCCUCAUGUCUGCUCUCUCUUCCGCUCUCCCUCUCUCCGCGGCAAGGUCAGCAUAGUGCACCUCACAUUUCAACUAGUACGUAUCUCGCUAGAUUCCGAACUCGCAUUGCGUCUAGUCUCAUCUAGAGGAAGAGACGAACAAAACUAGCCAGGCAAAGCGAGGAUGAGCUCGAGCCAGAGGACGCUCCGGGACGUGAUGAUGCAGGAGGAGAGGCCGACCACCAUGGCCAGCCGCCUCCUCGCUCCGGACGCCUCCCUCUCCAACCCCUCCUUCCGCAACUACUACGGCGUCGCCUCCGCCGGCUCGGUGCCUUUCCUAUGGGAGUCGGCGCCGGGGACGCCCAAGAACGACGGCGUCUCGUCCAGGGCGCUCCCGCCCAUCACGCCGCCACCUUCCUACUACACCAAGACGAAGAUCGCCAAGUCAGAGUCCUCCAAGAAGCUGCUCUCGUCCUCCAAGCCGGCCAGCUUCGUCCCAACGAUGUUCCGCAGGAGCCACACGAUGCCGUCUCCCACGGCGUCCAAGGAGUGCAGCCGGAGGAAGAGGCUGGUGGCGAGCCCGCCGCGGUCGUCCUUCUCGUCGACGUCAAGGGGAGAGGACGAAGAGGCGGACGGCGGGGCGGGGUCACCGACGUCUACCCUGUGCUUCCGCGCCCGGCGCUCCGGCGGGGGAACCGGCAGGCUGCAUGGGAUGAUUGCCUCCGUGGUGGGAAGGUAAAGUUUGGCUGAAUCUUAACCGCGGUGGUUUCCAUUUUUCGACCGUAUGUCGCCUCGUUCGUUGGGUAGUUUUACAAGUACUGUGGCUUCAUCUUUGUUUACCACGCGGGAAGCAGACGACAUGAGGUUAAUUUGUAACUUUACGCGGUUGCAAGCUCAUGACAUGUUGUUUUUACACUGUAGGCCGUUCUAAACAAUAAUGUGUUUAAUACGCAUGAUCAGUUUGCGCCAUUUCGUGUAUAUAAUUUGCGUGCCGGUGUUAAUAUCUGUGUUUUUUUAGCAGAGUUAUAAUAUCUGUGUUAUUGACUCUAUAUGUCUGCCUGUUACCGUGUUUGGUGUAAAGGGUUUGUAUAUUACCCCAUUUUCUGUCAAGUAUCAUGGAUACUAAAUUAUAGGGACCGUGCCUUCUUUGACAUUGUAUCAUCUUCUUUAUUAAAUAUACAUGUAGUUGUAAUGCAUGGUUCAAAGCAAUAGGUUGUUCUAAACAAUAAUGUGUUUAAUACACUUGAUCAGUUUGUGCCAUGAAAAAUGCUAGACAUACAUGUUUUUACAGGACUAGCAAAAGAGCCCGUGCGUUGCAACGAAAGAGAAAAUAACACACACUCUUAACCCAAUAACUACGACUCAAGACCUUAAUAGGCCCACAUUUUUCAGUUCCACAUGACAUCACAUUUGUGUUGUCGUCAAUGGCCUCAAUGCUCAUACAAUAAAAACGUGUUUGAUUGUGGUCAGUCAUAAGAUCUCUCUUCUUCUCUCUCUUUGAGAAAAACAUUCAAUAUGUUCAGUAUACUUAGUUAGAGAGGGAGUAUAUACCAACUCGAUGCAUAUUUAAUGAACAAAUCAAGAAAUAAAAGCAUAAAA